AUGGUUUCUUCUCACACGGCCGUCGCUAUUGCUCAAACUGUCUUCUAUGCACCAGUUUUGCCCAUUACCGUCUAUCUCUUGAUUCGCAAUUGGAAAGCUGGCCCACGUCUGGCAUGGUAUCCCCUUGUAUUAUUCUGUUUAAUGCGACUAGCCGGCGGCAUCACUGUUAUAAUCUGGUCGACUGAUGUAAACAAUCUCGGCCUUAUCAUUGCCUCUAUCGUCCUGCUCAAUCUGGGACUUAUCCCUCUCAUUGUCACCAUCAAUGCCUUGACCCGUUUCGUAAUCGCCUCGAGCUUCCCCGACGACGUCUGGGGACUACGAAUCGGCCGAAUCCUUCGCUUUGCUAUUCUCGUUGCCAUUGGACUGUUAAUAGCCGCGGGCAGUCUCAUUGGCAAUGCGAGAUUGGUCGAUACUCAAAGAACGCUCACCAAGGUCGGAUAUGUUGAGUUUGUCGUGAUACUUUGUGUCCUUGUUGUCAUGCUUUUGCGUCUCCAAAUCCGGCAAAAAGACAUAAAAAUCCAAGACUUUAUCUAUGUCAAGCUCACCUUGAUUACCACACCGUUUAUUAUGCUUAGAGCCAUCUUUGGCUUGCUAUAUGCGUUUACCUCCCACGACGUCUUCUCGAUGUGGAAUCCUCUUUUCGGCUCCGCUUUGGCAUUUGGACUCAUAGCCUUGCUCCCUGAGUACAUCGCACUUGUCACUUACAUUUAUCUGGGCUUUUAUCGCAUCCGCACCGCCCGGCAAUACGCCGCUUCACACAAAGAAUCUGCCACGUAA